AGGUAACUUAUGUUCGUUUUCAUUUAUUAAAACCAAAUUCAAAGUUUAGAUUAAUGUAGUCAGAUCCAUUUGUUACUAUAUUUUAGCUAGGAACAGUAGUACUUUUUAACUAAUAAACCGGAUCAACUCCAAAAUAAAUAAAAAAUAAAAUAAAAGAACCAAAAAAAUCGGAUCUUAACUUUGAUUUAGAGCGUCGACAUAAAAUUCCAAAAUGAUAACUUAGUUUUCAAUAAAACGAAUAUCAUUCAUUUUUUAUUUUAUUUUAUUGUGAGAUUAGUUAACUUAGAUUUGUCAAGAACUCCAGUGAAAGGGAAGCUCAAAUCAGUGGACUUCUGAGCUCGCUGCUUCUCUCUCUCUUGAACAGUCAUUUUCUCUCUCUUACUUUCUCUGCAAUCAAAAGGAAUGGCGUCUGCAGACAAUGAGAUAAAGAACUACUGGUGAAAACGAUUGGAGAAAGCGGAGCUCUGUUUACUAUUGACUACUUCAUCAUUGCACUUGAAUCAAGUUGUUGGGGUUUUACUUGAUCAAGGGGCAGUUUAUCACCAUCUCCUUAUAGUUCUCUCAAGCUAUGGUUCUCGGGCUUAGGUCGAAGCACCGGAGAGGGGCUUCGGUUAAGGUAGAGUACAUUGUCCAUGUACAGGAGAUAAGGCCUUGGCCUCCAUCAGAAACCCUAAGAUCUGUCCAGAAAGUGUUGCUUCAAUGGGAAAAUGGUAGUCAGUAUUCGGGGUCGUUUCUUGCUGCUGCUCAAAAUUCCAAAAUCGUGUUCAACGAGUCUUUCAAACUCCCGUUGAUUCUUUACCUUGACAAGAAGGCUCAUGACAAGUUUCAGAAGAACAAUUUGGAGUUUAGCUUGUUUGUGCCGCGUAAGGAUAGGGCCAAAGGGCAGCUUCUUGGGACGGCUGUGUUGAACCUUGCAGAUCAUGGAGUGAUAGAUAGUUUGUUAAGCAUUAAUGUUCCGUUGAGCUUAAAGAGGAGCUCCAAUAGCUCGGUGCAACCGUCUCUGGUGAUUGGUCUGGAGCCAGUUGAGAAGGGUAGCUCUAACUCAUCACCUAGUGUUGGCCUAUCGAAGCAAACGUCUUUGGACAAUGAUAAUGAUGAUCUGGAAAUUGCUUCGAUUACGGAUGAUGAUGCUUCUUCCCAAUCAUCAAGGACUGCAGGGUCAUCAACCUUUGAGGUUGGAACAUCUUCACCAUCUCAAAGUGAGAAGAAUGGAUAUGGACAUGCUGGAUAUGACUCGGAGAAAAAGAGGAAUGGGAGAAUACCAUCCACUGAUACGCCAUCAGAGACUUGGAAACAAGAAAAUGAUAGUGAUUCUCUAUAUAAGAUCCGUGAGCGAAGCAUGACAUCUAUCAAGAAGAACUCUGAGACCACUCUCCUUAGAACUUUCCCCUCAUCCAUAAGUCAUCGAGAUGUAAAUGCGAAAGCCAACACUGCAGUUGCCACUUUUUUACAGGAAAGUGCUUCCCCUAGUUCUGAUGAAGUGAUUGCUAACAGUAAGCAUAAAAGUCUUGAAAACACGGAACAAUCUGUGGAAGGAAAAUCCCGUGAAGCUAGAGCUGCACUAGCUGAUAAUCAUGGAAAAAAUGCUGCAAAGUUCUCGGCUAACUCUCUGCACGACCAUGCUACUCAAGAAAAUGAGUUAGGAGAAGAUAAUGAGCAAAUGUAUGAUCCACUGACUCAUAUGGUGAAUGUUGAGGAGAAAAAGGAGGAGAUGGCACAUUUUCCGGAUAAUAGAUUAAUUGGGAAUGUAUCAGAAGAUGCCGUCAGCGGGCAGGCAACAGUGAUGAGUGAGGAAGCACCAGUAGUUCCAUUACCAAGCAGCAAGAAAGCUGAAAGUGUGAAAUCCGUCCGUAAACAUGGUUCAGUUGAAGGAACGGAAGACAUUCAUGCCUCUCCAAAGAAAGGUGAACUUGGUUCAGUAAUUGAGCCAAAGACGGAACUCCCAGAUAUUACAGAUGAAUGGAAAACGAGAAUUGAGUUACCCUAUGCCUCUAAACAGAAAGGUGAACUUGGUGCAGUAAUAGAGCCAAAGACUGAACUCCCAGACUGUAGAGAUGAAUGGAAAACGACAAUUGAGAUGCUUCGGGAAGAAUUAAGGGAAGCAGCAGCUACCGAGGUUGGAUUGUAUUCCAUCGUUGCUGAACAUGCAAGUUCAGUCAACAAGGUUCACACCCCAGCUCGACGCCUGUCCAGAUUUUAUAUUGAUGCUUGCAAAGCAGGGUCUCAAGCUAAAAGGGCAAGCGCAGCAAGAGCUGCGGUAUCUGGAUUAGUUUUGGUUUCUAAAUCAUGUGGACAUGAUGUUCCAAGGUUGACGUUCUGGUUAUCAAACUCAAUAAUGUUGAGGGCCAUUGUCAGCAAAACUGCUGCAGAGUUAUCGAACUGUAAUAUAUCAGGAAGCAAAACUAGUGGAUCUUGGUCUGAAUUAACAUCAAAGGAUUCUUCUCAUUUGGAGGGCGACCAAUCUACUUCAAUCAAUGAGUCUGAUGACAAGGAAGAUGUCUCAACAUUCAUAAUUGCACUAGAAAAAGUUGAAUCUUGGCUUUUUUCUCGAAUAGUCGAAUCCUUAUGGUGGCAGACAUUUACGCCGCAUAUGCAGCCCACAGUUGCAAAAGUCAGUGAGAUAAGCCCACGUUCAGGGACAAAGAAGACAUGUGGAAGAAGAAACAGUUUGGGUAACUAUGAACAGGGGACUUUCUCUAUCGAAUUAUGGAAGAAAGCAUUCAAAGAUGCCCGUGAAAGGCUUUGUCCGUUACGAGCAGGAGGACAUGAAUGUGGCUGCUUGUCUGUGCUGGUUAGACUGGUAAUGGAGCAGUUGAUUGAUAGGCUGGAUAUGGCAAUGUUCAAUGCUGUUCUACGCGAAUCUGCCGAAGAAAUGCCUACUGAUCCUGUCUCAGAUCCCAUUAGUGAAUCUAGAGUGCUGCCAAUACCACAUGGGCAAUCAAGCUUUGGUGCUGGUGUGGAAUUGAAAAACUCUAUUGGGAACUGGUCAAGAUGGCUUACCGAUCUCUUUGGCCUAGAAGAUGAGUCGACUGAGCAUGGAAGUAUCCGUGGCGAUGGAAAAUCUUUCAAGGCUUUUCGUCUCCUCCAUUCUUUGAGUGAUCUCAUGAUGCUACCAUUUGGGAUGCUUGCUGAUCCUACUACCAGAAAAGAAGUCUGCCCAAUGUUUGGUCCUACAAUAAUCAAACGGGUGCUAAACAGUUUCGUCCCAGACGAAUUCUGUCCAGAUCCCAUUCCACAGAGCAUCAUCGAUGCCCUCGACACUGAGGAGGUCUCGGAUGCUUCGGAAGACAUACUCACAAGCUUUCCCUGCACUGCAAAUCCUACAAAAUACACACCUCCUUCUGCAGCUUUACUAACUUGUGUGGGAGAAGUUGGUAGCCAAGUGAUCCAGAGCAGCAGGUUAUCAUCACUCAAGAAAUCCUACAACAGUGAUGACGAGCUAGACGAGCUCGACUCGUCUUUCACGUCUAUCGUCCCCGAUAGCUUCCAGAGCUCCGCUCUUGCAAGACUCGGGUCGAUGGCAACGGAGAAGGGAGGUCGAAGUGUUGUCAGGUAUCAGCUGCUGCGGGAGAUAUGGAAGGAUGAAUAGAGUCUUCAUAACUCUCUACUAUGUAUAUGUUUGUACACCGAGCUGUAUAUCCCUCGAAAAUUUUGAGGACUCAAAACAAUUUUUAAAUUGUAUAAAUUGAUCUCCCACACUGUUAUCUUAUGUAUGAUUAAAUGUCAAAUUAUGUUACCUUCA